GUUUGGCCAUUAUCAGCAUUUCCUCGUGGAGGCUGGCGCUCCUCUCCAGACUUGGGACUUUAUUUGCAUGGGACGCUGAGGCUGGCAUCAGUCGAGCUGUGAUUUCAGUUUCCAGUCCCGUUCGUCUGUUUGGAGCUGAGACAUGAGCGCGAGUGGAAACGCGAUGUUCGCAAUGGAUUUGGCGGAGGAUCAGAUUAAAGUUCUGGAGGAGAAUUUCACGAAGGUCAGCAAGCACCCCGACGAUGCCACGCUGAUGCUGAUCGCAGCGGAGUGCGGGCUCAGCGAAGAGGAGACAGCGAAAUGGUUCAGGAUGCGAAACGCUCAGUGGAGGAAAGCAGAAGGUCUCCCUGCUGAACUGGGAUCAGUGAAGGACUGAUGGAAGAUCUUCAUGUUGUUUUUCUCUCUCUGCUCCGUUGAUUGUUCAGUAGACCAUCUCACUGUCUUUCUUUUCUUAUUUGAGGAUGUUUUCUGAAGUCUGAAGACCGAUAUGGGUCUUAUUUUAUUUUUUUAAAUUUUAUCUAAAUUGUAAUCUUUUGCUAAAUGUAUGCCAUAUAGCCUAUUUUUAUUGCCUUAAUAACUAUUAAAUGUAAGUAAAUAAGCUAAAUGUAAGCAUCUAUAUAUAAAAAAUUACAUCUGUAUUUUCAGGG